AUGCCACCCGUCGACCUAAUCAAGUUCAAAGUCACCGGCACCGUGCAAGGUGUGUGCUUUCGGUAUUACACCCAGCGAGAAGCAGAACGCCUCGGCAUUCGCGGAUGGUGCCAUAACCACCCAGACUCGAGUGUCGAGGGCGCCGCUGUCGGGUCCGCCGAAGCCAUUGCCAAGUUCAAGGCGUUCCUCCGCCACGGACCGCCGGCCGCCAAAGUCGCGGGGUUGCAGGUUGACGAGACGUGUGAUGCUUCACCUGAUACCAUCGCAGCGACGCUGGGGGAUAAGGAUGGAUUUCAUGUGCGGCGGUACCGAUAA